ACCAACCCCUUCCUACACUACCACACACGCCUCUCGCGCUGCCCAAAUCGCCUAUAUCUCUCUCUCCCACACUGCUCAAGCAGCUAGCACAGCACACUCGAUCGAUCACGCCAUUUCUUCGAUCCUACCAGGCGUCGGCUGCCAUGGCGAGAAUGCUCCUUGAGGCGGCCUCCGGCUCGGUGGAGGACUCCCUCAACUCGGACCUGAUCGUCAUCCUCGCCGGCUUGCUCUGCGCGCUCGUCUGCGUCCUCGGCCUCGGCCUCGUCGCCCGGUGCGCGUGCUCGCGGCGCUGGGCACGGGGCGCCGGGACAGCGCCCGGCUCCGCCGCCGCCAACGCCGCCGCGGCGAACAAGGGCGUCAAGAAGGAGGUGCUCCGCUCGCUGCCGACCAUCACCUACAUCACCGACGGGGAGGCGGAGGAGUGCGCCAUCUGCCUCGUGGAGUUCGAGGACGGCGAGACCGUGCGCGUGCUGCCGCAGUGCGACCACCGCUUCCACGCCGCCUGCAUCGACACGUGGCUGCGCGCGCACUCGUCGUGCCCGUCGUGCCGCCGCGUGCUGGUCGCCACCGAGAUGCCCCCCGGCGAGCGGUGCGGCCGCUGCGGCGCGCGCUCCGGCGGCAUCAGGGCGCUCUGGAGCUGGAAGGCGCCGGCGGCCUGCGACGCCGAGGGGCCAGCGUCGUUCUUGGCGUAGUGGCUUGCGCACUAACUCUGGCCUGAACCAAGAGACAGAGAGCGAGAAAAAAAGAAUUCAUUAUUAGACAUUAACCAAUGUGCAAACUUAUAUUGGUUAAGCUCUAUUGAUUUCUUUUCUUCCCCUUUUCCUGGUUUUCAUCUAGCCAUAGGCUUAAUUAUUUUUUAGAUUUGGCCUGUGAGUACCAAUCAGUAGAGUAGUAACUUAGCUAGCAAUAGUGAGCAUUUGGUAGGGUCAGUUACCAGGAUGUAAGCACCGAUUUGAUGGGGAAAUGUGUGGUCAUUGUAACUUA